ACAUGAGCGCUGCAGCCCUGGGAAGUGGCCUGAAGGAAGGAGGCUGGGGAAGUCAGAUGACAUCACGAGCUUAGUCCCCUCCUCACUUUCUUUCAGUUUUCCUGGGCCUUGGCUCCUCCCCUUAAAGAGGAAAGAGGUGCCGCUGGGUGUGGGGGAGAGCCGGCAGCUCUUUGGUGGGGCAGCGCUAAGGGCCCCCACCCUCCUCCUGAAUGGCUGAAACCUGAGCCGGUAGCUGAGGGGGACUGGACCAGAGGGAGGGCUCUCUCCCACAAAGCCCGGAGCCUGCCCCAGCUGCUCCUGGACAGAGCUGGGAGAGGGACCAGUGGAGCUGUCGCUGCUGCCGCCCCAGAAGCCUGGACCGGCCUUUGAAACCGGGACCCUUGCAGCCGAGUUACAAGAGGGGGAGCUGAACCGUCCACCUAAUGGAGCAGGGGCGUUAGGAGCCACAUCGAGUUCUCCCUCCCAUGCUGGGGGAGGGGAGAAGAAAAAACAAAGGCGAGGAGGGAGAGCCGUAAACCCUCAACCCCGAUGAUGUGUCAGUCAAACACCUUGCAAGGAGCAGACCUUCACAAGGGGAAAUGGUGAGAUGCUCUAAAGCUUUGUCUAACCCUCCUCCCUCUUGCUACAACCUCCACAAAGUUAAAAUUCAUGUCCGGAGGCCGCGUGCGGGAAACGGCAGCAGCUGGGCUGGGGAGCAGCAGCCCCCACGGCUGGAGGGGCCCGGCCCGCCGGGCUUGGACGGGGGCACACCCAGUAGGAGAGCCCGGUUCAGGUUGCAAUUCCCCCAGCUGGCCCUGAGGCGAAGGUUGGGCCAGCUCAGCUGCAUGUCUAGGCCUGCUCUGAAACUCCGCUCCUGGCCUCUCACAAUCCUCUAUUACCUUCUGCCUUUCGGUGCCCUUAAGCCUCUGAGCAGAGUAGGAUGGAGGCCCGUGAGCAGGGUUGCCCUGUACAAGUCUGUGCCCACACGGCUGCUGUCCCGGGCCUGGGGGCGGCUGAACCAGGUGGAGCUGCCGACCUGGCUCCGGAAGCCCGUGUACAGCCUUUACAUCUGGACCUUUGGGGUGAAUAUGAAGGAGGCUGCCGUGGAGGACCUCGACCACUACAGGAACCUGAGCGAGUUCUUCAGCCGCAAGCUGAAACCGCAGGCCCGGCCCGUGUGUGGCCUGCACAGUGUGAUCAGCCCGUCUGACGGAAAGAUCCUCAACUUCGGCCAAGUGCAGAACUGUGAGGUGGAGCAGGUGAAGGGGGUCACCUACUCCCUGGAGUCCUUCCUGGGCCCGCGAGCCCCCGCAGAUGACCUGCCCUUCAGCAGGAACAGGAACGGCAAUGGUAGCGGCGAGGGCAACGGCGGCAAUGGUAGCAGCCAGGCCACCGCCGCCAACUCCUUCCAGAACCAGCUGGUGACCACGGAGGGCAAUGAGCUCUAUCAUUGUGUCAUCUACCUGGCCCCUGGCGACUACCACUGCUUCCACUCGCCCACUGACUGGAGGGUGGCCCACAGGCGGCAUUUCCCAGGCUCCCUGAUGUCAGUGAAUCCUGGCGUUGCCCGCUGGAUCAAGGAACUCUUCUGCCACAAUGAGAGGGUUGUCCUAACUGGGGACUGGAAGCACGGCUUCUUCUCCCUCACGGCCGUGGGUGCCACCAAUGUGGGCUCCAUCCGCAUCUACUUUGAUAGGGACCUCCACACCAACAGCCCCAGGUAUAACAAGGGCUCCUACAACGAUUUCAGCUUCGUCACGCACAACAACCGCGAGGGCAUCCCCAUGAGAAAGGGAGAGCACCUGGGAGAGUUCAACCUGGGCUCAACCAUCGUGCUCAUCUUUGAGGCUCCCAAGGACUUCAACUUCCAUCUGAAGGCGGGCCAGAAAAUUCGGUUUGGAGAAGCCCUGGGCUCCCUCUAGUGCCAGCCUCUCCAGCCCAAGGGUGCUGCUGCCCAGGAGACUCCUUCCGAUCAGCGGGAAGGCGAAGGCUUUGCACGGACUGACACGGGAAGCUGCCCCAGAGCCUGGCUGCGCAAAGCAACGAGGUGCCUUGCUCUACUUGGACAGGGGUUGGGCGCACCAAGAACUCUGGGGCCGUCUCUUGUCCCAGGGUCCCAGAAAGGCCCCCAGCUCCACCAGUUAAGCCUUGGAGAAGGAAGUAGAGAGGGAACCUUGCCUUAUUCCCCCCACCCGCCCUUCUGCUCCAAGGCAGGGAUAAGCUGGAGUUUAUUUUUGGAUUCUCUACCAAUUCUAUGAACUAGAAAUACUGUCUAUUCUGCAUCAGGUUCCAUGGGUGAGGGAUUUUCUUUUGAAGGUGGUAAACAUUCUGAUUAUCUUUCCGUUAGUGGCCAUUGUGGGAUAUAGCCCCCUCCCAAUAAAGACUCCCUCGAUUUCCUGGAUCUUUUCAGGCCUUAAUCACUCUCACUGUCUGAUCCCCUGCCCCGCCCUGUUCCCCAAUCUCCUCCGGGCUCAAGGCAGGCCCUGGAGUCACCCUUUGGGGGAUGCCCAGGGCUCCAAGAGGAGCUUCUGUUUGGUGCACGGGGUGAAAUGCAUCCAGCAUUGACUGUGGACCACGAGCUCAGCUCCUGGAGCCCACCCCCAGACAGCGAGCUGAUGUUUGGUGUUGGGUUUGUUUUUUGAAUUUACUUACUCUGGAAAUGGUGGGGGGAAAGCCAAAUUCUCCUUUGCACUUAUUACUGGGAACUUCUCUUUCUUGCCAACAUGGGCUGCCUGAUUGGGGCUUGUUGGGAAAGCUUUGCAUGCCACUGUAAGCCCAGGCCUGCAGGGGGGCAGGGACAGCCUCUGAUGCAAGGGGCCUUCUUGGCUUUCAGAUACUGAAGAGAGGAGCCAAGGCCUUCUCUGGGGGUCACUGGGCUCAGUAACUAGUGGAUGACCCAAGGGAGGCAGGAGUGGCCAUUCCCGUAUAGUCCAAGGUGGGAGCAUCCCCUCCACCCCAUCCACCUGCCUGGUUCCCAUUUUAAUCACCUCUGGUCCUUAGUCCAGACAUGCAAGAAAGUUUUCUCAAAGCCUACUUGAAUCACAGUGGGUGGGUGAGCCCUACCCAGCAGGGACGGCUCUGGGGGAGCAGCUGUUUGCUACUUGAAAGGGGGCAGAAGAGGCCCCUCCCCUUCUAGUGGGGAGCAAGCCAGUGCAUCCCAGCACAGCCCAGGGACCCGCACCAGGCGUCGGGAAGUAGCUGCUAUUGGUUCAGUCGGCUUGUAUUGUCGGCGGUCGGUUCUGCCCUGGGCCAGCUCUUUGGGGUGCAGGCUCAUCGCUCUGUAAACAGGGACGAGGGUUCCUGACGAUACUGGUGACGCUGUGAGCUUCUCCUGCCAGGAGAAGCCAUUGAAUCUUCAACUGUAUCAGUAGCACAGUAUUUUUGUAUGUCAGCGGAAGACUUAGGGAACAGGAAUUCAUUUAAUUGCAAACAAACAUUUUCAAAUAAAAAAAUACAUUUGCAGCCGC